AUGUCGCAUCUAGGUGGAAAGACAGUGCCGGAGCUAGGCCUGGAUUUUGAUAAACUCGCCGAUCAACUCCGUGACUCACUGAGUUACUAUGAUAACAAACCCGAUUUCCGUGAAUUCGAUCUGGGUUCACCCGUAUCCCCCCUCCGAACCGGGCAACAGGGUCUCACGAUGACGACAACGACGAGUUCCAGCUCCGGUUCUUCCAGAUCCGUUUCGGGUCGGAACUCGUCUAACGCGACCACUAGGAGAUCUGAAUCGGGUCGAAAUAAUAACUCGGGUGAGCUUUCCGGCUCGAGUGAAACGAGUCCGACUGCUUCUACUGGGAAUAUAAAACCUGGUCAGACCAGAUCCAAAUCCAACACUUCCGCGACCUACCCGUUGAUCUAUUCGGGUCAAAGAGCCAUCAACUCACCGCCAGCCAACGUUCUUCCUACGGGAAACAUAUGCCCUUCGGGGAAAAUCAUUAAAACCGGCAUGGCGGUGAACCGGAGUUCCAGAAUCGUUGUUUUGGGCUCUGGGUCUGGUAAUUACGGCCAUGGCAGCAUAAUGCGGGGCGGGCGAGUGGGAACUGGACCCGUUACCGCCUCCAAAGGCGGUGCCUUUGAACCCAGUAGCACCCUUGGAAACCAUGGGAAUGCGAGUGAUUUAAUGAGAAAGGCAAUGGGGAACUCAGAACCUGAGGAUAUUAAGAGAGUUGCGAAUGAGAUGUACAAAAAAGGACAUUUUUUAGAGGCUUUGAGUUUGUACGAUAAGGCUAUAGUUUUGUCACCGACGAAUGCGGCUUACCGGAGUAACAGAGCUGCCGUAUUGACAGCUUUAGGGAGAGUAUGGGAGGCAGUGAAGGAAUGUGAAGAAGCUGUUAGAUUGGAUCCUAAUUAUGGGAGGGCUCAUCAGAGACUGGCUUCAUUAUUGUUAAGGGUAGGGCAUGUUGAGAAUGCUAGGAAGCACUUAUGUUUUCCGGGGCAACCACAAGAUCUGGCAGAGUUGCAGAAGUUGCAGGCAGUAGAAAAGCAUCUUAGCAAGUGUACAGAUGCCCGGAGAAUUAGGGAUUGGAGAAGUGCAUUAAGGGAAGCUGAUGCUGCUAUUUCUGCUGGUGCAGACUUUUCCCCUCAGCUUUUUAUGUGUAGAGUGGAAGCCCUUUUAAAACUGCAUCAACUUAAUGAUGCUGAAUCGAGCCUUUCGGUUGUUCCUAAAUUAGAACAAUGCAUCAACUCCCCACAGAUUAAGUUCUUUGGGAUGCUUGCUGAAGCUUAUCUCUUUUUUGUCCAAGCACAAAUGGAGAUGACACUUGGGAGGUUCGACAAUGCAGUUACAGCUGCUGAAAAGGCUGGGCAGGUUGAUGCUCGAAAUGUUGAAGUUUCAGUACUGCUCAGCAAUGUAAGGUUGGUCGCCAGAGCACGAGCACGUGGGAAUGAUCUUUUCAAAUCCGAAAGGUUCACCGAGGCCUGCUCAGCAUAUGGGGAUGGGCUCAAGCUUGAUCCAUUAAAUUCUGUUCUUUAUUGUAACAGAGCAGCAUGCUGGUUUAAGCUUGGACGGUGGGAGUCUUCUGUUGAAGACUGCGACCUAGCGUUAAGUAUCCAACCAAACUACAUAAAAGCCCUUCUUCGGAGGGCAACAUCUAAUAGCAAGCUAGAAAGAUGGGUUGAGACUGUCAGAGAUUAUGAAGUUUUGAGAAGGGAACUUCCAGAUGACAAUGACGUUGCUGAAUCUCUUUUUCAUGCACAAGUUGCAUUGAAGAAAUCUCGCGGUAAAGAGGUUUAUAACAUGAAGUUCGGUGGUGAAGUAGAAGAAGUAUCCAGUCUCGAGCAGUUCAGAGCUGCAAUAUCUCUGCCAGGCAUAUCUGUUGUUCAUUUUAAGAUGGCUUCCAACCUGCAAUGCAAACAGAUAUUUCCAUUCGUUGAAGCUCUCUGUGGUCGUUACCCCUCCAUAAAUUUUCUUAAGGUGGACAUCAACGAGAGUCCAGUGAUUGCAAAUGCGGAGAAUGUGAGGAUCGUACCAACAUUGAAGAUAUACAAAAACGGCAGCCGGGUAAAGGAACUCGUGUGCCCGAGUCGGGAAAUGUUGGAGCACUCGGUGAGGCAUUACAGCUUUUAGAACUAGUGAUUGUAUUGUACUGUACUGUAUUCCCAGUUCACCCUUUUUUGCAUUCACUUCUUGCCACCCAAAUAUCCAUUUUGUUGGGAACUCUUCCACUACCCUUCCAAUCUUUCCUCCCCACCAUACCAGGUACAUGUGACAUAAAACCAGAGAGCUACAUAAUAAUCAUCCUAUUAGCAGUCAAUGCCAGAGGAACCCCAAUAAAAUUAGCUUUUAGUUUCCCUUUUGUAGCUUUUAUUUUUUCAUUCAUUCCCCAUUGCUCUAGGGUUCCCUGUUCUUUCCUCUACCCUUUUCCUUAAUUUUCCAUUUUUAAGUAGGCCAGUCUGAUUCUUGUAUCACUGCUUUCAUUCAGUGGGAAACAAAAAAAAAAGGAUUGGGAAAUAUGUGUACAAUUUAAUUACAAGUGGAUACUUGGUUACAUUUUAGAGAGAUACAGUGAGAGGACUGGCAGGCAGGUAGCAAAGGAGAAUCUAUACAUGUAUAUAUGUGAUGAUAUAUACAAAAUCAACCGAAGCCGUGAGGAAGAUUGGAUGGAUGUUUGGUGGGUACUUAGUUUACUGGGUUAGUGAAAGAAGGAUGAAAUAUGUUGUCAUCAAUAUUGUUGUUUCUUUUUCUCUUAACCAUUUCAUCAAUAAAAAAUUCCCAUUUUUU